CUUCAAUCAAGGAGUUUUUUUUCGAAAUGGAGGCUGAGCCCCGGCCUCUGCAUCGAUAGAUGCAUACUUCAAGAGAUCAAGGAGUGAAGAGCUCAAUCUUUAAGAGAAGAUUCAGCAACAAAGCAAUAGCUAGGUAGCAUCCCUAAUUCCCUAUAAAUACCACCCGUUCAUAUCAGCCAGCAGUUUAAGGUCCAGAAUUUGGAAGCAAAAAUGAGUGAGCGAGUGAAGGUCCUGAGCACUUUCGGCAGCAUAUACGGCCACCGUCCAGAGGUGGCCCUGAGGCUCAAGGGAAUACCUUACGAGCUGCUCCUCGAAGACCUGCCAAACAACAAGAGCGAGCUGCUGCUCACGCACAACCCUGUCCACAAACUGGUCCCCGUGCUCCUCCACGGCGACAGGUCCAUCUGCGAGUCGCUCAACAUCGUCGAGUACAUCGACGAGGCCUUCGGAGGACCGCCGUUGCUGCCGGCCGACCCCUGCGAGAGGGCCACGGCCCGCUUCUGGGCGCAGUUCAUCGACCAAAAGUUUGCUAGGCCGUUCUGGAUAUCGAUAUGUAUGGCGGAUGGUGACAAGGAAGAGGAGGAGGACUUCUUGAAGGAAGCCAAGGAGAAUCUGCUGCUUCUCGAGAGGCAGCUCAAGGGGAAGAAGUUCUUUGGAGGGGACUCCAUUGGACUCGUGGACAUAGCUGCCAGUGGGUUAGCUCGCUGGCUCCAAACCUUCGAAGAGAUCUCCGGCGUGAAUCUGCUCACAGAUGAAGGGUUCCCUGCUCUGUGUCGCUGGGCGAAAGAAUAUGCCGGCGAGGAGUGUGCUAAGGCCUGCCUCCCGAGCAAGGAGGAACUGGUUGCCAAGUUCACUGCAGUGAAGAACUUUCUAGCAAUGGCAGACGUUCAGAAGUGAUCUAGUGUGAUCACUGCGACGAUAUCAUGCUUAUAAAAUAAAUCAAUCGUAUGGACAUGUUAAUGAUCAUUGUUUCCUGGAAAAGGAACAAGCUACUUGUCUUUCUUUCUCAGAUUCAGAAAUCUGUAAAGACAUGGCGGAUUGUAUUUCUUUUUCAAUGCAGGGUGCAGCCACCAUUACUAGUAGAUUGAAACUGAUGCUCUUGUUUUAGAGUGUUGUUCACUUAUUUAUAACCACGAGUUUGUGUGUUUCUUGUUUCAUUUGGGUUGUUACUAUGUGCGGCUGCAUGUAAUGUAAUUUGGAACUGCUGUACAAUCUGAUCGUGUUUAGAAAACAUCGAUAUUAUGAUAGCAAAAUGUAUGUUCCAUCUA